CACAUGACGUUCGCUCUAAUAUUGAUUGGUGUAGUUUAUAAACUGAACAAAUAUCAAGUUGAUUACAUAACACACAUGCUGCGCUUGCAAUGCACCAGUGACAGUGGUGCAGAACCUAGCCAAAGUAUGUUCAUCAUGUCUUGGUGCACAAUGCCAUAUAUUAUUUGAAAAUAUUGCACCUCAAGCAACUUCAAGCUAGCCUUCGCAAGCAGGUAUGUCGGACAAGGUGGCCAACAGCAGGACAGGAGGACUUGAUGGGGACGUGGAAGUGACUUCCAAAGCUGUGGAAGCUCACCCUACAACCACAAAGUCAUGGCAGACGGUCAACAAACGUUUGUUGCCUGUGAAAGGAUAUUAUUUUUUCUUCUUAGCAGCUGUCGGGGACCUGCUACCCUUCAUCUCCAUCUACAUGAAACAACUCGGCCUGUCGUCUGGAGAAACCGGCAUCAUCUAUGGAGUAAUGCCUUUCAUCGCCUUCUUCAUCCGACCACUGAUAGGAGCAAUGGCCGACCGCCUGCGGAGACACACCCUGGUGUUAAUGGCCUUCACCAUACUGACGGGGAUCCUGUACAUGAUGCUGUUGAUCGUACCGGCCAAGCCUCACUACGAGGAUGCAGUUCCUGUCAGGUUCAACAUCCACUGCAAUAUCAUAGACUCCUUCAUCAAAGACUGCCAGGAGUACAGAGACAACAAGAAUGAAUGCAGGCUCACGUUGUCGGAAUACGCCAAUUUGACUUCAAUGGAAAACGAAUCUAAGAAUGUAUCUGACGGUUCAUUGGGAUAUCAGAUUCUUAACAAUGGAAACACAAAUGCAGUUUCGGAUGACAUCACAUGCCGUGCCAAAUGUGGGUUCUCAAUGCCGGGAGCGUAUGGAUCGAAAGUUUGUUUUUCACGAGACAUUUCUUCUUACCAGAACAGGAAGUGUGUGCCCUUGUGGGUUAGCUCAACAUCAAAUUCUUACCUUGAAUUCAAUUUGCUCAAUGUAUCUGAUGUGAUGAUGCACGAAAUACAAAAAGACAGAAUCGCAGCCCCUUCACUGCAUUGCCGUGACUACGACUUAAAAUGGAUGCAGUACAACGGUAAAACCUUCUACCAGAUCACGUGUGACAAGGAAAGCGUUCUCCACUGCAAUGCUCUCUGUGACAGGAAUAUUGCCAACAGGUGUUCUGUGAAGAAAGCAAAAGAUUCAUUUGGAAAGACAUUCUGGGUAUUUUUUGUUAUCUACUUAAUCGGAAACAUAGCCUUUGCUCCUACAUUCAGCCUUAUUGACGCUAUUGUGUAUGACACUCUUGGUAAAGAGAGGCAUCGGUGGGGAUUUCAGCCCCUUUUUGGCACAAUCGGUUUCGCACUUUUUGCAAUUACUUCCACAUUCAUUAUGGACACUGUGAAGACCAAGAAAGAAGAAGUUGACUUCUCAUGGUCCUUUUACCUCUUUGGUAUCCUCUGUCUAAUAGCAGCAAUUGAUGCCAAGUUUCUCAUAGUCACCCCUGAUAUAUCCACAGGCAAGUUUCUCCGAAAUAUCUGCAAACUCUUCACAUACUUCCACAUUGUGGUGUACCUGUUUGUAGCCAUGUUUUUCGGGAUGUUGACAGGAGCCAUCGAAGGAUUCUUGUUCUGGUACCUCAAAGACCUUGGCAGCACUCAGAUCACCCUUGGGUUAUGUUUAGUGUUGAACUGUGUUUUUGAAGUGUUCUGUCUCUUUAUAUCAGGCUUUGUCAUCAAGAAGAUAGGUCAUAUUCCGUGUUUGUAUUUGGCGUGCUUGGCCUAUGCAGCUCGCUUCCUUGCAUAUUCCUUCCUCCAACAACCGUGGUAUGUCAUGCUGGUGGAGCCAGUCCAUGGCAUCACUUUCGGCAUCAUGUGGUCAGCUGUAUCAUCCUAUGCUAGCAUCAUCGCACCUCCAGGCAUGCAGGCAACCGUGCAGGGCCUUGUGGGAGGACUCCAUUUUGGAUUUGGUAAAGGUAUCGGAAGUCUAAUCACUGGGUACCUCUUCGAGCUUAUCGGAGAGAGAUGGACGUUCCGGGCGUUGUCCAUAUCAGCUGUGGUGCUGUUGAUUGUAUACUGUCUGCUGAACAAGUUUGUUUUGGAAUAUCCAUCAGUGAAAGAUGCAAGAGACGACACAACUGCUGAGGUGGAAGAAACAACAGAAGAUGGCCUGUCUGCUGCUCAGGAUCACCUGCUUAGUUCAGAUCCCUCAGCCAAUCAGGAGGAGUUUCAAUCUGAUGCAGCCAAUGAGAAAAAAGUUCAUGACCUCUAGACUGUUGACAGGAGCCUUCUGGGUGACAGUCUGUGUUCACAGAGUGAACUGUUGUGAAAAAGAAUAAAUUAAAGUUUUAUAAUAAUCAACUCUGCCAUGACAAAUACAUGGCACUAAGGCUGGAUGAUUAUUUGAAAGAUUUGUUUAUUUUAUUUAAACAUUUAAAUGAUUUUGCAUGAAAAUAUAUUCCCGGAGAAAAAUCAUGACAGUUUGACCAAAGCUUAUAAGUAUUCUCUAUUACAUUUCAUGACUGAAGUUUAUUUUGUGAAUGUAUAACACUCGAUGAUCUCCUUACAUAGGAAUUAGAAUGUUGGUAGGUAGUUGUUAUUUUUGUUGAAAAUGAUUCAUUUUGACAAGAUAAUUGUCAUUUUUAAAGGAUUA